CCAACACUUGCAGAGACAAAGAUAGAGCGAGGUGGAGCUUCAAACGGCCAUACAUUCUUUCCUCCUCCACAACGUGGUCUCUUCUCUACCUUAUCAUCUUCUUCCUUCCCUCUAUCCCACUCAGCAACCACCAAAAAUGGCGUCCAUCACCACAGUCGUCGGUGUUUCCUCCGCAUACCAACCUCCUUCUCUCAAAAGACCUACAACAGCCACCAUUUCUCCUUCUCCAGCCUCCGUCAAGCUGCUUCCAUGUCUAGUCGACACCACCAAGGUCUCACGCUCUAUCCGCCACCCGACCUUCGUCCCUUCUGCCAUUGCCACCCCCAAUUCCUCUUCCUCUUCCCUCCUCAGUGACCAAGCUUUCAGAGGAAUUGCCCAAAAUAACAACGACGACGACAGCGGCAACGGCUUCCUCUCCGAUUCUCCCACCGCCGACGAACUCGACGUCACCAAGCUUGGCCUCCCUCCCCGCCUCGUCGAGUCCCUCCAUAACCGCUCAAUUACCCACCUUUUCCCCAUUCAGAGAGCGGUGUUGAUACCUGCGCUAGAAGGUAGAGACAUCAUUGCUCGAGCCAAGACUGGGACCGGGAAGACAUUGGCAUUUGGGAUUCCAAUCAUUAAACACAUCACUGAAGAUGAGCAUGCAGUUUCUCACAGGAGGUCUGCUGGUCGUCUUCCUAGAGUUUUGGUCCUUGCACCUACCAGGGAGUUGGCUAGGCAAGUAGAGAAAGAGAUAAAAGAAUCCGCGCCUUAUCUCAGCACCGUUUGUGUUUAUGGGGGUGUUUCUUAUGUUACCCAGCAAAGUGCACUUACUCGUGGCGUUGAUGUCGUGGUCGGAACGCCUGGUAGGAUCAUUGACCUCAUCAACGGGAACAGCCUUAAGCUCAGUGAAGUUCAGUACUUGGUUCUCGAUGAAGCUGAUCAAAUGCUCGCUGUUGGGUUUGAGGAGGAUGUGGAAACGAUUUUAGAAACGGUCCCGUCUCAAAGGCAGACCAUGCUCUUUUCUGCAACCAUGCCCGGUUGGGUGAAGAAAUUGUCUAGAAAAUAUUUGAACAAUCCUUUGACAAUUGAUUUGGUUGGUGAUGAAGAAGAAAAGCUUGCUGAAGGGAUAAAACUUUAUGCUCUAUCAGCCACUUCCACUUCAAAGCGGACAAUUCUGACUGAUCUUAUAACUGUUUAUGCAAAAGGUGGGAAGACUAUAGUUUUUACACAGACAAAAAGAGAUGCUGAUGAAGUAUCAUUGGCAUUAACAAGUAGUAUAACUUCCGAAGCUCUGCAUGGUGAUAUAUCUCAGCAUCAGAGAGAGAGAACAUUAAAUGGUUUCAGGCAAGGAAAAUUCACAGUGCUUGUUGCCACUGAUGUUGCAGCUCGUGGACUUGAUAUUCCCAAUGUUGAUUUGAUUAUUCAUUAUGAGCUUCCCAAUGAUCCAGAGACUUUUGUUCAUCGUUCUGGCCGGACUGGGCGUGCAGGAAAGCUAGGUAAUGCCAUUCUGAUGUACACCAAUAGCCAGAGGAGAACAGUUAGAUCCCUUGAGCGUGAUGUAGGAUGCAAAUUUGAAUUUGUUAACCCACCAGCUAUGGAAGAGGUUUUGGCAGCAUCUGCUGACCAAGUUGUUGCCACGCUUAAUGGAGUUCAUCCUGAGUCUAUUGAGUUUUUCACCCCAACUGCGCAAAAACUAAUUGAAGAACAAGGAACAAGUGCCCUUGCAGCUGCACUUGCACAUCUGAGUGGAUUCUCCAAACCUCCAUCAUCACGGUCACUUAUCACCCAUGAACAGGGAUGGACUACUUUGCAACUGACUCUAGAUUCAGAUACCUCGAGAAGAUAUUUUUCAGCAAGAAAUGUUACUGGGUUUCUUUCAGAUGUUUAUUCUACAGCUGCUGAUGAAAUUGGAAAAAUACACUUACUUGCAGAUGAACGGGUCCAAGGAGCCGUAUUUGAUCUUCCAGAGGAAAUUGCUAAAGAGUUACUUAAUAAGGAUGUACCAGCUGGACAUACUAUUUCCAAGAUCACCAAGUUACCUCCUUUGCAAGAUGACGGCCCUGCGAGCGAUUUCUAUGGGAAGUUUUCUGAUAGAGAUGGAGGUAGCCGAAGAGGAGGAGGUUCUAGGGACCGGAGAGGUGGUUUCAAAAGCUCACGGGGAGGAUGGGGUGGUGGCCGUGACUCUGAUGACGGCUUUGGUGACCAGUAUAGGAGAGGUGGUGGUGGUGACCAGUAUAGGAGAGGUGGUGGUAGUAGUAGUAGUAGAAAUUCUAGAACUGGCGGCAACAGCUGGUCUCGAGCAGGAAAAAGCAGUGGGGAUGAUUGGCUAAUUGGAGGACGAUCAAGCAGCAGGUCCUCUUCAUCAGACAGAGCCGGCUUUGGAGGGGCCUGUUUUAGUUGUGGCGAAUCUGGGCACCGAGCGUCUGAUUGUCCAAACAAGCUAGGAGGUGGGUUCUACUAGUCAGUCCCCACUUAUAAAAUUUUGACACCCCCUUGUCCAAGACGUGAACUGUGUUACCACUGUGGUUGGCCUAAUGGGUUCAAGAAAAUUGAAAGCUGCGUCCAGAUAUAACAUCUCACCUGUUGGCCUAACAUACAUAGUGGCCUCCGUUUUGGGUCCUCUACUUCAUUUUUCUUGUCAAGUCUAGUAUUUGUUUUAGGCAUUGGUAUUUGACAAGAACAGUUAGCGGAAUGGUUUUGUACCUUUUUUGGGAAGAAAAAAAGUUGAAAGGGGUGGUGGUGGUUGUGGUGAGUGUUGUAUGAUGGUCUUUGUAUUCCACUUUUGUCCAUGUUACUUUAUAUCUUUUCCAACCUUCAUGGUUUAGAAACAGAGAUGAAUGAAUACCUUUAAAUGGAUGAAAUAUGAAA